UCUAAUAUCUCUUGAGAAGUCUCUCUACUCAAUUACCCAGAGCCAAUUCUUACUAUUCCCGCCGCUUACGUUUCCAAUUUUGAGAUUCUUUGAUCAAAAUUUGAUUUUUUUAUGUUUUAGUUAUGGCUGAAACGGAGAGAGUCGCGGGUAUUGCGAUGGAAUUUUCUCUGAGUGAUGAAACCGCCGAAACUUCGUCGUUUUCGUCGCCGAUCAGAGUCCCUGGGAGGAUUCGAAAGAGGCUUUUGAACGAGAGUAAAACUCCUUGUACUGUUGAAGAAAUUGAAGCCAAGCUUCGACUUGCUGAUCUUCGCAGACAGCAAUUCUAUGAGAAGUUAUCAAGCAAGGCAAGGCCGAAGCCAAGAAGCCCCUCACAGUCUUGUGCUCAUGAGGAGGACCUUGGUCAGCGCCUUGAAGCGAAGCUUCAAGCAGCCCAGCAGAAGAGGUUAAGCAUUUUGGCAAAUGCUCAAAUGCGCCUGGCUAGGCUGGAUGAGUUGCGACAAGCAGCUAAAACCGGGGUAGAAAUGCGUUAUGAGAGGGAACGUGAGAUUCUUGGCUCAAAAGUGGAAUCUAGGGUUCAGCAGGCGGAGGCAAAUAGAAUGCUUAUCCUCAAGGCUUACAGCCAAAGAAGAGCCAAAUUAAAGGAGAGGUCAUCUCAGUCAUUGCUGCGAAGGAUGGCUCGUGAGAGCAAGUAUAAGGAGCGUGUCCGUGCUGCAAUUCACCAGAAGCGAGCAGCUGCUGAGAAGAAUAGACUACGAUUGUUGGAAGCUGAGAAGAAGAGGGCACGUGCUCGGGUGCUACAAGUUAGGCGGGUAGCUAAAAUUGUCUCUCACCAACGUGAGCUUGAAAGGAGGAGAAUGAGUGAUCAGUUGGAAGAUCGUCUGCAAAGGGCAAAGAGACAAAGAGCAGAAUAUUUGAGGCAGAGAGGACGGCUAAAUAAUCCUGUUUCUUUUAGGAUGUGCAAACAGGCUGAUCACCUUUCGAGAAAAUUAGCGAGGUGCUGGAGGCAAUUUCGUAAUAAGAGGAGAACUACCUUGGAGUUGGCAAAAGCUUAUGAUGCCUUGAAAAUUAAAGAGACUUCUGUCAAGACAAUGCCAUUUGAACAGUUGGCCCUUCUGAUUGAAUCAACUGCUACCCUUCAAUCUAUGAAAGCUCUACUUGACCGGCUCGAGAGCCGCCUGAAAAUCUCCAGGGCUGUUGGUGCUGUUGACGAUCACACAUUCAGUUUAGAUAACAUUGAUCACCUUCUCAAAAGAGUUGCUUCUCCCAAAAGAAGGCUUAAUUCCCGAACUCCUUUGAAGAGCAGAGAUGCAAAGAAAGUAGGUCCCCCUAGGGAGGCUGGCAAACGUCCAGCUAAAUUGUCUAGGUAUCCAGUGAGAGUAGUUCUUUGUGCUUACAUGAUUUUGGGUCAUCCAGAUGCAGUGUUCAGUGGUCAAGGAGAGCGUGAGAUUGCUCUGGCCAAGUCUGCAGAACAAUUUGUUCGACAGUUUGAGAUUUUGAUAAAGAUUAUAUUGGAGGGGCCAAUACAGAGUUCUGAUGAAGAGUCUGACUCUUUGCUGCCAAAACGUUGGACCUUCAGGUCUCAGCUUGCUGCUUUUGAUAAAGCAUGGUGCUCCUAUUUGAACUGUUUUGUGAUGUGGAAAGUUAAGGAUGCCAAGUCAUUGGAAGAUGAUUUGGUGAGAGCUGCUUGCCAGCUUGAACUCUCUAUGAUUCGUAAAUGCAAGAUGACCCCAGAUGGAGAAAAUUCUGCUCUUACUCAUGAUAUGAAGGCUAUUCAGAAACAGGUUACAGAGGACCAAAAACUUUUAAGGGAAAAAGUACAUCAUCUCAGUGGAGAAGCUGGGAUUGAGCACAUGGAAUCUGCGCUAUCUGAAACUCGAUCUAAGUACUUUGAAGCAAAGGAAAAUGGAAGUCCAGUCGGAUCUCCAAUCACAAACUUUUUAACCCCUAGUCCAUCUAGUUCCCCAACUGUUCCUCCAUUUGUUGCUAGUGUGGAUAGCAGAAGUAAUCUGACCAAGGGUGUUGAGAGGCCAAGUAGUGUUGUUCGCUCCUUAUUUAAGGAGAACGCAUCCCCACCCAAAGGAAUUGAUUCCUCUGCAGCUAGUACCAGCCAUGAAGAUGGUUGGUUGGGUUCGUCCCUUGAAAAACAGCAGGUCACUGAGAAUGAAUUGAUAGUUAAUGAGUUUGUCCAUAACCACUGUGCUUUUGUUGAUAGCUCCAUCACCGAUGACGAUCAAAACAGUGUCAAGUCAAAGAUAAGAGAGACAAUGGAGAAGGCUUUCUGGGAUGGCAUCAUGGAAUCCCUGAAACAGGAUGUGCCUAAAUAUGACCGGGUUAUUCAACUUUUGAGUGAAGUGAGGGAUGAAAUUUGUGAGAUGGCUCCUAAGAGCUGGAAAGAAGAGAUUACUGAAGCUAUAGAUCUGGAAUUUCUUGCUCAGGUUUUGAAUUCAGGUUACCUGGACAUUAAUUAUCUUGGAAGGAUUCUGGAGUUUGCCUUGAGCACUUUGCAGAAACUCUCGUCUCCAGCCAAGGAUGAUGAGAUGAAGACCAAUAACCAGAAUUUAUUGAAAGAGUUAACUGAGAUAUGUCAGGCCAGAGAUGGAUCAAACUAUUCACCUGUUAUUGCAAUGAUCAAAGGUUUUCGCUUUGUUCUAGAGCAGAUUCAGGCUCUAAAACGGGAGAUAAGCAAAGCGCGCAUAAGACUCAUGGAGCCUUUGUUGAAGGGGCCUGCUGGUUUUGACUACCUUAGAAAAGCUUUUGCAAACCGAUAUGGACCCCCCUCUGAUGCUCACAGCUCUUUACCAUUGACUUUACAGUGGCUUUCAUCUGUUUGGAUGUGCAAAGAUCAGGAAUGGGAAGAACACAUGAAUUCUCCUUCAGCUUUGACAGGUCAUAAAAGUUCGUCUGGAAUGCGUCUGCCUUCUACCACCCUUAGAACCGGUGGAAGCUUUCUGGUCAAAACAGGUGGAAGCCAAAGUACAUCUUCCCCUCGUACUUCAGGUAAUCAGCAACCAGAAUGUAAGGGAGAAAAACUUGAUUUGUCAGUGAGGCUUGGCUUGUUGAAGUUAGUAAGUGGGAUAUCUGGUCUAACGCAAGAAUCUUUGCCUGAAACUUUCAUGCUUAACAUCUCGAGGUUGAGAGCUGUUCAGGCUCAGAUUCAGAAGAUUAUUGUAGUUUCCACGAGCAUUCUUCUUUGCCGGCAAACCCUCCUCUGCGAGCGGCCAGUAGCCAGCCCUGCAGACAUGGACAAUAUACUAUCUAACUGCUCUGCAAGACUCUUGAAGCUCUUAGACCGCUCUGAAGACGCAGGAAUUGAAGAAAUUGUUGAAGUAAUCGGUGGAGCUUCAAGUGAUAAUGGCAAGGUAGUUGAUUCUGAUAAGCUUCAAGUGAGAAAGGAAGUAAUUGCCAGGACGCUGGCAAAAAGCUUUCAAGCUGGAGAUGCAGUAUUUGAAAAGGUAUCUCGAGCUGUAUAUUUAGCUGUAAGAGGAAUUGUGCUUGGGGGAAGUGGAAGCAAUGGAAGAAAAUUGGCAGAAAUGGCCCUCAGGCAGAUUGGAGCAGUAAGCCUGACUGAAAGGGUGGUGGAAGCUGCUGAAGUUUUGGUGGUGGCAGGCACCGUCUCUGUAAGUGUUCAUGGGCCAUGGUAUAUAUACGUAACUGAUAACAUGUGAAGGGAUUGGAUUGUGAAUUUGUGAAGAAGAAAUAAAGUAAACACACUUGUGCAUAAUAGUAGUGUGUGUAAAGCUGAUGUAUGUAGAGUGGACAACUGGACAUUAUUUGAUUGAAUUAAUUGUGGGAAUAUUACUGUCUUUUCCCUCAUUGUAA